UUUGUUUUAUUGUAUUCUUAACUGUAUAUAAACCAUUUUGAGCUCCACAACUGAGGAUAUAUAUGAAGUGUCUGAUCCGGCGUUAUCAUCAGAUCAUGCGUGCAUUUUCGAAGUAGAGGUCAGCCAUCAUCUUUCUGAUAAUGCAAGGCAUGGUCGUCUGCUCAGCAAACUAGACCAUGCGCGCAUUUUUGAAGUAGAGGUCUGCCAUCAUCUUUCUGAUAAUGGAAGGUAUGGUCGUCUGCUCAGCAAACUAUGUACCUCUCACUCCCAUUAGCUUCCUAGAGCGUGCAGCAUUUGUUUAUGGACAAAGGGUCUCCAUGGUUUUUGGAGAUACACGGUAUUUGUGGAAGGAGACGCAUGAAAGAUGCAUCAGGCUGGCUUCUGCUCUUUCUCAGUUGGGAAUUACCAGCGGCGACAUCGUUGCAGCUGUGGCGCCCAAUAUACCAGAACUUUAUGAGCUGCAAUUUGGAGUUCCAAUGACCGGUGCUGUCCUUUGUGCCCUUAACCCAAAGUUGAAUGCAACGACUUUAGCCGUCAAACUGCAGCAGCUAGAAGCCAAAGCAAUUUUUGUAGAUUAUGAGUUUACCAAAGUCGUCCUGGAAGCGCUUGGAUCAUUAUCUCAGACUAAAAACAAUUCUCCAGUCCUAAUCCUAAUCCAAGAAAACCAUACAAAUGCUUCCUCAGCCACUCCAAUUAACUUUCGACUGGAUUAUCAUGCACUUCUUGCAACAGGGAAACUGGAUUUCGAUAUCAGCUAUCCUAAAUCCGAAUGCGACCCAAUUUCAAUAUGUUAUACUUCUGGCUCCACCAGCAAACCAAAAGGAGUGAUCUACAGCCACAGAGCUGCCUAUCUAAAUUCACUUGGAGAAAUUUUUAGAAUAGGCAUGCGACAAAAGCCCGUGUUUCUUUGGACAGUAGACAUGUUCCGAUGCAACGGUUGGUGUUUCCCCUGGACGAUGGCCGCAUUGGGAGGCACUAAUAUAUGUCUCAGAGAUGUAACGGGGACAGCCAUUUUAAAUUCCAUUUUUCUUCACGAUGUCACCCUAUUUUGCGGUCCACCAAUCCUCUUAAGCAAGAUUGCUGAAACGCUAGCAGCUGAUCCGCAACCGUUGCCUCAGAAGGUGGAUGUUAUUGUUGCAGGCGCAGGAGCAUUGCCCGAACCCCAAAUUCAAACCAAACUCGGUGAAUUAGGUUUCAAUAUUAUUUGUGCAUAUGGGAUGAGUGAAGCUCUUGGUCCAGUAACGUCGAGAACAAUUAGAAGAUCCUGUCACGGCGUAACGUCGCAGCUAGAUCAUGAAGAUGCUAGAACAAGAAUUCGCGAAGGAACGCACAACCUAAUAAUUGAGGGAGCCGAUGUAAAACAUCCUACAACCAUGGAAAGUGUCCCAGCUGAUGGGAAAACUGUUGGACAAAUAAUGUUUAGGAGCAAUACAUUAAUGUCGGGGUACUUGAAAAAUGCUCAGGCAACUGAGGAAGCCUUUGAGGGAGGAUGGUAUAGGACGAAGGACCUUGGAGUGAAGCAUCCUGAUGGUUAUAUACAAAUGAAGGAUCGGGCCAUCGAUGUGAUCAACAGUGGGGGUGAGAUUGUAAGUUCUUUAGAAAUUGAAGGCGUGAUAAUUAGGCACCCUAUGGUUUCAGAGGUUGCAGUUGUUGGAAGGCCUGAUGAGUUACUUGGGGAGACACCUUGUGCUUUUGUGAAGUUGAAAGACGGGUGUUGUAUUGUUGAGGAAGAGAUUAUGGAUAUUUGUGCUAGUCAUUUGCCUGAGCAUAUGAGGCCUAAGAGUGUUUUCUUUGGGGAAUUGCCCGUAAAUUCCACUGGUAAAGUACAAAAAUUUGUUCUUAGAGAUAGGCUAAUUAAGGGGGAUGGGAAGUCCCUCUAGCUUAGCGUUCAUCUGUAUCUAUCUCUUUCUGCGACUUUUCAUGACAGUUCAUAUUUUCUUAAUCAACCACCA